CACGUGUUGCUACAACUUCCGGUCUGUCGGUGAAAGUGAGAGUUUCAAAAGUUAUUUCAAGCUUCAUCAAUGAAUGAGUGAUAUCGAUUAAGGAGAGAAAAGAGGGAAUCAGCCAGUCCAUAAUGAGCUCCAGGUUACAACAGGCUAGGACUGGCUUACCUAGAAUUGUCUGGAUGUGUGUUAUAUUACUUUUGCUUGUUAUAAGUACGGUUAAUUCAGCUGAAGAUUAUUAUGAACUGCUUGGUGUGUCUCGAGAUGCUGAUGCCAGAGAAAUACGUAAAGCUUUUAAAAAGAAAGCACUUAGCAUGCAUCCGGAUAAGAAUAAGGAUGAUCCAAAAGCUCAUGAUAAAUUCACAACAAUAAACCGUGCAUAUGAGGUUCUGAAAGAUGAAGAACUAAGGAAGAAAUAUGACAUGUUUGGAGAAGAAGGAUUAAAAGAUAACAAAUUUGGUGGACAUUAUGAAAGUUGGAACUUUUACCAACAAAAUUUUGGGAUAUACGAUGAUGACCCAGAAAUUGUCACUCUAAGCAAGGCUGACUUUGAUCAAGCAGUGGAUAGUGCUGGAGAUGUGUGGUUCAUCAAUUAUUACUCCCCACAUUGUUCACACUGUCAUGAUCUGGCACCAACAUGGAGAGACGUAGCCAAAGAGUUGGAGGGAGUCAUUAGAGUUGGAGCUGUCAACUGUGGUGAUGAAAUUAUGUUGUGUAGACAACAAGGAAUAAGGUCUUAUCCAUCUCUGAUAUUGUACCCUAGUAGAGAACGGUACUAUGGUGGCCGAGAUGCAUCAGAUUUUGUUGAUUAUGCCUUGAGACAAGUGAAGGCUGUAGUGACUGUUCUCAGGACUGGAAAUUUCAAGGGAGAACUGACAGACUCGGAGAAGGUCGACUUUCCAUGGUUGAUUACCUUUUGUGGAGAUGGAGGAGAUUGUUUAUCAAAGAAGACUUUGACAAAAUUAGCAGCAAUGCUGUCAGGGCUUGUGAAUGUAGGAUCUAUUGAUUGCUUUUCACAAACAAAACUCUGCAAUAAGCUUGGUGUGGAGUAUGGUACAUAUUUCUACCAGCCAGGGGAGGUCGAGAAAGAUAAAGGACUGGAGAUCACCAGUUUGGAGUACAAAGAAACAGCAUUUAGAAUACUGGAACAGUUACCAGAUGUCACAAUAGUGGACAAAGAAAAAUUUGAGGAUAUAGUUGAAAAUUUAAAAAAGAACUCAGACACUGCCUGGCUCAUUCAUUUUGUGGAGGGAGAUACGCAUGACCUGGAGCUGAGAAAACUGCCUGCUCUUUUAGGUGAAAUGAAUGUUGGCCGUGUUGACUGUAGAAAACAGAGGUCCAAAUGCAAUGAGUUUCAUAUCCACAAACCUACCUUUGCUGUUUUUAAGAGAGGAGGUGGAUAUGAGUUCCAUCAUGGUCGUCUCUCUGCCCAUGAUGUGGCAGCAUUUGCCAAAGACAGUGCUUCCACCCCAGUGAGAAUGCUGGGUCCAACAGACUUCCCUAGUCCUGUGAUAAGUAGUAGAGAACCCUGGAUUGUAGACUUCUUUGCUCCAUGGUGUCCACCAUGUAUGAAACUUCUGCCAGAGUUCAGGAAAGCUUCCAAGACAAUGAGGAGUAUAAACUUCGGUACAGUGGACUGCACUAUACACAGCCAGCUGUGCCAUACGUACAAUAUCAGGUCCUAUCCAACCACAAUUUUCUACAACCAAAGCACACCAUUCCAGUUCCAUGGACAUCACAACGCUCAUUCCAUUAAAGAGUUCUUACAGGACACCAUCCAGCCACCAGUAAUUCAUCUUACACCUGCCAGUUUUGAAGAGCAUGUCAGCAACAAGUCCCCAGAUGAAAUUUGGUUGGUCGAUUUCUUCGCCCCCUGGUGUGGUCCCUGUCAGCAGCUGGCACCAGAGUGGAGACGCCUAGCCAAGAUGUUGAAGAAAAAUGCUAAAGUAAAAGUGGCCCAUGUAGACUGCCAGCAGCAUAAGACGGUAUGCCAACAGCAGAAUGUCUACUCAUACCCCACCAUAAGACUUUAUCCUAUGGGUACUAGGAAUGCUGCAUCUUUCCAUAUAUACAAUGGCUGGUUCAGAGAUGCAGAAAGUCUAAGAGCAUGGGCAUUCGAGUUCCUCCCCAGUAAAGUGGCCAUCCUCCGCUGGGAUGUAUUCCAGGAAAUUCUGGGCGGGUCUCAGCCCUGGAUUGUGGAUUUCUAUGCUCCAUGGUGUGGCCACUGUCAGGUGUUUGCACCCGAGUUUGAGAGGGUUGCAGAGGCUCUGGAAGGUCGUGUGAGGGCAGGGAAAGUCAACUGUGAUGAACAGCAGUGGUUGUGCCAGCAGGCUGGUAUAGGAGCAUAUCCUACUGUCAGGUUUUAUGCUGGGGCACAUACUCCAGGAUUCAUGCAAGACAUGUUUGGUGAGGAACUCUUUCAAGAUGCCAACCAUAUCAUCAGUCAUUUGAAGCAAAGAGUACCAAAGAUAACUCACAACCAAGAAAAUUCUCAAGGUCAUGAUGAACUGUGACGGCAUCUUUUACAGGAGGAGAAAGUGGGAACUCAUUACAUUCUGCAUUUUAAAUGUUCAUAGAGAGUUGCAAUUUUAUGAAAAAGAAGUUAUCAGUUUUACUAUUUAUAAGUUUCUUUUUGUGUGUGAAUGGUGUAGGUCUUUUCCUGAAUGUUGGUUUUAGGAAAUGAUGUUAUGAAAUGACAUGCAAUUUUGUGUAAAAUGGCUCUUUGUUUACUAAUUAACUCAGUUAAUUCAAAUAUUUAUUAGCUAUUGAAAGAGUUUAUUUUGACUAUGCAUGAAUGAAAACAUCCUUGAUAAAAAUCUGUUCAUGUAAAAUUUUAAUAUUAGGUUUAUAGUUUAUGGACAAAUAAGUGUACUAGUUCAGAGCAGGCAUUUUUAAACAUUUUGGUAAAAUUAAAAUCUUUGAAUUAAAAUUCAACAUGAGCUUGGAUGGGUAAAAUGGAAUGGGGUAAUUUGUGUUCAUGUUUUACCAAGUGCAUUGAACAAAUAGCAGAUUGAACCAAUUUUUCAAAAUAUCUUUGCCAUUUUAAAUGGGAUAUAUGAAAACUUAGUCAUGGUGCUUAUUUGAACACUUACAUCGAACUGCUUGAAAGUCUUCCUGUUAAACAUAAAUCUAAUACCGGACUUGAAAAGCAAUAAAGCAAGGGUCCAAGUGUUGCAAUUAGUACCACUGGUCUUCAACAGGGCGAUGAUUUUCACCAACCAGAUAGGCUGGUCAGGUGACGGGUCAGAUGGCUAGACAUCUGCUGUGGGACUCAGUAAAUUUCUUCACCAUCCUGGAUAGAAAAGAGCAGUGACAUAGAUGUGGUGUUAAGUAGGGCAUCACUGAACUGUAGAACAGGAUGUAAUCUAUUCGACAUCUGGGUCUAGGACCUCGAGCAGAUACCUAGUCCUCUGAUCAGUCACGAGGAACCUAUCAGGUCACUGACACUUAUUUCUGUGUUUAAGAUUGGUGCUACCAAUCACAGUGUUGGAUUUGUAUUUGUUUUUGAAGUCCAGUAUUAGAUUUAUCUUUUCUUAUGCAGCAUGACUCUAAUCUAUUGGAUGAAUUACAACAUUCUGCUUAAGUCUCUUCUGUUAAUGAAUUUUAUAUAAGUGAAAACAUAGACACAUGAACUCUAUAUAUAUUGGAAGGGUGCCAUAUAGAAGAGAUUUGAAUAAGCAAUAAUCAUCAUCUUAACACCUGAGAGUUAAAGGUCCUGCUGCUUUUUUUUUUUUCAAAUUAGUGUUUUAUAAAUGGUUCUUGUGGAUGUAGUUUGCAACAUAAUAUUUUUGAUAUUCAAGUGAUAAGUUUAGAUAUUAAGAAUUUUAUUUACUGGUGCUAGAAAUAAAGAUGCCAAGAACUUAAAAAAUU